ACGAAAGCAAGAGAAACAGAAAACAACACAAAGAUGAAAACAUUCCGGUUGAUGAUGCUCUCUUUCUUGCUCGUUGCAAUAACAACAAACUCUGGUGUUGCUGGUGAAGGGACCGACGUGGUUUAUGAUGGCGAGGGAGAUCCGGUUAAGCCCAACGUGCCGUAUUACAUCAGCUUCAUGACGUCGGACUACAAUAUGUGGAUUUGCCGUAUGAAAUGGGGAUCUGCUGAUCCCAACUCAUGCCCACAACAACCGUUAAUGGUCACCAAUCCAAACAUGUCAUCACCCACACAAGUUAUGUUUGUACUAUCAUCCAAGUCAGAUGUUGUACGUGAAUCAGCAAAACUUAAGAUCAAGUUCGUAGAUCCACGUCACUGCGGUGAAUCCGGCUUUUGGAGAGUAGUUCAGAGAGGCUCUUUAGAAGGUGAAGUAGUCCUCAACGGAUCUAAAUCUACGUCAAACAAUGACAGUACAUUCGCCAUCCAUAAGACUAACGAAUACUACAAGUUCACUUUCGGUGAUGACAGUGAGUAUCCAACCACUAUCAGUUUGAGCAACGAAUAUCCAAUAUAUAGGUUGCUAUCGAAGAGGUUGUCUGGCGAGAUGGAGAUUUAUUUCUACAAGAACAUGAGUACUAUAAGUUAAAGGCAAAUGUUCCUUUUGAUGUAAUGUCUUCAUUUCAAACUCAAAAUAAAACUUGUUGUAUGAACAUAUUAUUACGCAACAAAUAAAUGAUAUGAUAAUACAAGAAAUAACAGAUCUUGGAGUCAUCAUAAG